ACAUUGGAGACUUGCUCCCCUUUUGUGCAUAUGUCUCUGUAUACGGUCUCUUGCUCUUUACAUUUAAACUAAUUCACUCUAGUGCUACCUUUAGAAAGUGGAGCUUUGCAUCAUUUUACCUGUUUGUGUGUGUGAUUGAGGAGGCAGUAAAGGGGUCCCGGACAUCUCUGCGUUUCCCAGUUUUCAGCAUCAGAGCGCGCUCGAGAGGCGGGGCAGCCAGUGACCCGAUUAGACGUGGAAUAAACCACGCUCCUGACUCCAUCCUUUCAGAUUGGGGGAGUCUCUGUCUGAGAGAGGAACAGCUACAAUGUCUGACUGCAGGAGACAGUGGAACCGGGAGGAUGAGCUGCCGGUCUACCUGGCAGGACCGAUCACCACCGGACCGAACCAGAGGAAGAGCUUCGGCAUGUUCAGCUCCGUGGAGGGGGCUUAUGAUAGCAAAACCAUAGACUUCGAUAACUACGCGGUGGGGAGGAAAGGGAGCCGCACCCCGAGGAGUGGGAGCCGGGAGAGGCUCUUGGAUACCGGUGACCCUAUCGGGAAGACACCCGGUGAAGCCCGGGAGGGGUCACAGAGCAGCUCACCCGGGGAGAGAGAGGAGGGACGCCCCGGUGUGGAAGUGAGAUUUUCAUCAGAGACAGACAGCCAGAAUGGGAAGGUAAGGAUGGAGACAUUUCUUCAUCUUUCUCUCCCUCCUUCUGGUAGGCCUUUGUGGUUGGCAUUCAUGAUAGCUGUGUCAGACAAAUACACAAAGCCAUAUUGAUAUCUUAAAUUCAUCAGAAAAGCCCACCGGCAACAGUUUGUGCUUUAAUGAUGAUUGGGAACAUUUUGUUGUGUUGCUCCUGCUUUCCAGGUCCAUUCUGGCCCUGACUGACUGAAGUAAUUUCUGUCCCUUAAUGAUUUAUUUUUUUAUAUUAAAGACAAAUGCUGUGGUCUGCAUAAAUAAUUCAUACUUGUGCUGCAUUGCAGAUUGUCUAUUUUAGUUUAAAUCCCCUGCACUAUAGGAAAAAGCGAUCAAAACAUUGAAACUGGACGCCGAUAGACGAGGUUGUGUGUCUGUGGUGCUGAAGUGGACAGUGACAGCUUCCUUCACUGUAUUGUUUGUUGUUUAUGUGCGCGCGUGCAGGGCGGGUGGGGGGUGUGAGCUGCAUCGUCUCCUCUAAGCCGAGAACGCUCGCUUUCUGUCCGCGCGCACGCCGAGGAUCGUCACCUGUCAUUCGGAGCGCGCGCCCCACGCGUAACGACGUUUCCGUACGGCGGCUGAUUCAUCGCUUUCCAUCUCGCACACGCGGAAACAGUCAAGAAUAUAAAAAAGAAACAAGGGUGAGACAAAAGGGCGCAGAGUGGGCGCCAGAGUCACUGUAAGGUGCUGAAUCGACGGAGAGAGAGAGAGCAUGUCUGAGAGCGGGCACCAGGAGAGGAACAGCAUCCCCCACCUCACGGUAAGAGAGCCGGGCCGGUCAGCGCAGGAUUGGCCGGAAGGGCUCUCCGCUUUAACGUAAAUCCCUGCAGCUGAUACCGGCGGAUAGAGGAUUAAAUUCUCUGUGGGGUGGCAAAGUGCAGAAGACCUUGUCAUUGUUUGUCCUGUGAGAAACUGCAAAACCCAAGAAACACAGGUGACAUGGUACUACUACGUGUCAAACUAAAGGCGUGUUCUGGUUGAGGGUUGCACUGUGUUGUGUAAUCUGGCCGCCUGUCACAGGGAUUAACUUGGUUGACUUGACGGUCGAACCAGGAGUCGUUCUGGAUACAGAGGCCAGCAUGAAAUACUAAACGGGUUUGAGAUUGGUUCUGUGCAAAGAUAACUCCUGAAUUUUCUGCAGAAGUCAGCAAAAUUUAUUGCCAACAUCAAAUGCCACAAUAACCCUAGAACACUAUCGCUCAAAGUAGUAACACCAUCACUAUCCCUGGGUGAUUUUUACCCGAAAUAAUAUACCCAAGAAAAAGUACUUGUUUCAGAAAUCAAAAUAGGACAAUAUAUGACAAAUUAAAGUAGUUUUCCAUUAGGGGACCAUAUAAAAAUGCAACAAAAUAACUGAAAUGAGGAAUUCAUGAACAAAAAAAUUCCUAAAAAAUAAAAAAAUAUAGAAACUGUAAACUUAGUUUCUUUUCCUCCCAUUCCUGGGGCAUGUCAGUCUUCCCUGGUGAAGACUCAGGGUCCUCGGCACAAUUACAGCUGCAGGAGAGAGAACCAAAAUAUGGUAAAUUCUGAGUGAGUAAAAAUGACCAGCUGACUAAAAUAUUUCUGAUCACUUAUAUCUUCUUAUGUAUAUGAAUUCCCUUCAAAAUCACUACUUUGUGAUAGUUAUUCAUAACCACUGCACUAAAUAAAGAUAGCAUGCAAAUUCCAGGACCACUAUUACUGACCUUAUUCCCUACUUGCAGCUAACAAAUCCACCCAAACCUACUUUACCUUCAAUCACUAUUGCUGGGUGAAAAUCCACCGAACAUGUACCUGUGGGAAAAAGCAGGUUUUGGAUCAGGGAAACAAAUAUGCCUUCAGAGAUGUCAAAGGCAAUGCUGAAGCUACUUAGGGACCCUUCAUACUCAGACAAACGCAACAUAAUGAAAAUCACAUAAACAUGUUUGGUUGGGUGAAAAUCACCCGGCGAUAGUGUUCUAGGUGUUCUAUAGACCGUUUACAGUGACACAUUACACGUUGAAAAAGAGUCAAACAUCACGUUGCAUUUAAUGUUUUCUAUUAGCUUUAGAUAUGGAUUCAACAGAGCUGUCAAUCAGCUGUUUUCAGCUGAACCAUGGAUGAUCUCUGGUUGCCAUGGAGACACAACAUCUUCAUACUGCUGUUGCUAGGCACCCUCCACUGUGGGUGCAUACAUGGUAGUCUGAGAGAAACGUGGUGGUCUGACACUGUGCAUCAUAAUCUUCUGUAUUUAAAUGUACUGCAAAGAAACAGAAUUUCUGAUGUUUAAACCUCAUCAGAUGUAUUCUUACAGCAAACAUGAACGACAUCACUGAACUUUAGCCUUUUCAGACCACAGCCAUGUACAGCACUUGUUAGAUUUUUCAUUUCUUUCCCCUCUCAUCCUCUGCACUGUGUCAUAAUCUCGCUAUAAAGUCAUGGAUUGCAUAACUGAUUGUGCAAUACAGUAUAUCCAAAUGCCAGGAUUGAAUUCACCCCCUCUACCUCUCACCCCUCCCUCUCUCUCUGUUCUUCUCUCCUGCAGAGUGAAAAGCUGUUGAUCAAAGGAGGGCGGGUGGUCAACGAUGAUCAGUCUGUCUAUGCAGAUGUCUACAUUGAAGAUGGGCUCAUCAAGUGCGUAUAAUAGUACCUAACAUUGUGUGAAAAAAACAAAAAGCAUUCACAUCAAAGUACACAUUAGAGUUGAGUUAAAGUCUAUGAUGACUUUACUAACUUUCUACAUCUUUCGCACUCUUUUGUCCUUGGCAGGCAGGUGGGGGAAAAUCUGGUUGUACCAGGGGGUGUCAAGGUGAUCGAGGCCAAUGGCCUUAUGGUAAUACCAGGGGGCAUAGACGUCAACACCUGUCUGAUGAAACCUUUCCUGGACACACAUCCAGUCGAUGAUUUCCUGCAGGGCACAAAGGCUGCACUCGCUGGGGGCACAACCAUGAUCAGUGAGUCUGUCAUCUCAUGACAUGAUAUGAUACGAUAUGAUACAAGCAAUGCAAUAUGAUGAUAUGAAAUGAUAUGGCAAAAACAUCACAAUACCAUACAAAAUAAUACAGUUUGAUAUGAAAAGUAAUCAUAUGGUAAAAAAUGAUACAAUAUUAGACAAAAUGACAACACAACAUAAUGUGAUUUGAUGAGAUGCAGUACUAUACAAAACAGUACAACAUGUAACACUUCUGUGUCUUCUUAGGGAAGUUAGACAUGAAUUCUGAUCCUGCAACAAAUAAAAAACAAACAAGCAAAACAUCAACUAAUAUUGAACCUGGGUUCAAAUUACACAUUUGCAGAUCAAGCUUAUCGAACAUAAUGUACUAAAUAAUAAACAUAAUGUGAUCUGGGAUCAAGAAGGGUAUGCAUAAUAGCAGCCAAAAAGAGCUGCAGCUACAGCUGUGUGUUCAGUGGUUUUACACGCCUGCCAUCCCAACUUUUAAUCCCCUCCUCUUUCCAGUUGACCAUGUUACCCCCCAGCCUGGGGACAGUCUUCUGGAGGCGUUUGAGUUCUGGCAGGAAGCUGCAGAUAAGAAGGCGUGCUGUGAUUACUCCCUCCACGUGGACAUCCCCCAGUGGAAUGAGACUGUAAAAGAUGAGCUGGAGCUGCUGGUGCAUGAAAAAGGUACAGCAGUUUUAAGUAAUUUAAGAGCUUUGGUCAUUGCUGUAAUCCUGUCUUCAGUUCCCAAUGUUGGCCUUUUCUCCCAGAAACAAUAGGGACAGAUUUAGAAACCAUUUGGAGCUAGAACUGAAUCCUCUUAGAAUGAAUCCAUUGUUGUCAUGACAAAGCUGUCAUGGUGGCUGUGUACACAUUUUGCUUGUAAUCUUUUUUAAGUAAAAAAUCACUUUUCAUUUGGGAAAACCACAACGGACUGCGGAAACCAAGCCAAUGCAGCUGCCUGUGUGACCAGUGUCUUCUAAAAAUAAGUUUCGAGUUGCAGUUUUUGGCUGAGUCACCAGACAUAAACAAGCUCUGUAUGAUUUAUACGUCAGAUGACGUAGUCGAUCAGUUACUGUUGUUUACAGCCACAGAAGUUUAACUUUUUUGCCUCGUGUAAUACAUUGUUCUGGCCACAUUCCCACAGUUUGUCUUUAAAAUUGUCCCACUUUGAUACCCUGUCAUGCAUAGUAAAAUUUGCAUUUAUUGUUGUUGUCAGGGAUCAACUCCUUCCAAGUGUACAUGGCGUACAAAGAUUUGUACCAGCUGUCAGACUCCCAGGUAUUUUUUAAAAAAUGACUUACUGUACCAACAACCAUAACUGUGAAAAUACGUGUCUUUUCUUCAAAUUGAGCCUUUUUUACUCUGUCCUUCUACCUGAAAUCCUUUUUUCUUGUUCCUCUGACUCACCCUCUUUCAGCUGUAUGAGGCUUUCUCCUUCCUGAAGCAGCUGGGUGCCGUGGUCUUAGUUCACGCUGAAAAUGGAGACCUGAUUGCUCAGGUUAGUGCUACAUAGCCUCUUAUUUUUGCCUCUAUGUGUCUCUAUUAACACCAUCAUGGCCAAAUAACUACAGCACAUAAUGGCUGAACAGAAUCACUACUUUACUUUUAUAGUCCCCUGCAACCUGCACUGCAGAUAAGAGUCAUUCUUGUUACAUAACUCCCUGCUCACAUAGAGGAGAGGGUUAUUGAUACUGCUGCUCAUGCUGCUGCUGCUGCUGGGUUUGACAGGUUUAACGCAGGCCAACCUGGCAUUGGACCAUCAUUACACUAAUGAUGGUGAUGUAAUGGUGAUUAAGAUGGUGCUGAUAAUGUCGGCAGCUGUGAUCAAAAGUGGUAGUCAUAGUUAAGGAGACAAUUUUCUCAUUUAAGGAGACAGUCAUGACAAAAACUAUGAUUUAUGUGCAGAUGAUUAAGGGCAAUGAAUGCUAAUGGGGAUGCUAAUUAUUGAUAAUGAAAUACUAGUUAACCUCACUGUAAUGGAAUGAGAGAUGAGGGAAGAACCUUAAUAGAAGCACUGGGUCCUUUGAGACAAAGCGCUGAAAUUACAGUGAUGAUAAAAUAGAAAAACAGAACGUAGGAAGUGGUCUGGCUGUCUUUACAAAGUCCUGUAGCUACUGGAUUUUCUCCACUGUGUGCUGCCUUUUUAGGAUUACAACACACCGUAUUUUAUUUUCUGUGAUAGCAUGACAGACCGUGAGAUCUCAUUUUACAGCCAAGAGGUUCCAGCAAAAGCACUACAACAGGAAGCUUGUUGGUAAAAUAUGAUCUGACAAACACUGUGUGUAAUGCUGACAGUCACUGCAGUAGGAAACAAGAGAAUUGUCUUCAUAUGUGUCUCAGGAGCAGAGAAAAAUCCUGGAAAUGGGAAUCACUGGACCUGAAGGCCAUCCUUUGAGCCGCCCUGAAGAGGUGAUACAACUUUUGUUUGUCUCUUUAUCUGGUUGCUUCUCAUGGCACACAAAGGUUUGAAACUUACCCUGACUUCCUUUACUGCAGCUGGAGGCUGAGGCUGUUUUCCGAGCCAUAACUCUCGGCAACCGUGUGAACUGUCCUGUCUACAUCACAAAGGUGAUGAGCAAGAGUGCAGCUGACACUAUCACCCAGGCCCGGAGGAAAGGUCAGCCUCUUUUUCUUUUCACUUUUAUUUCUUUGACUUCUUCUGUUCUUUAUCAUUUAUUAUUUUUUCUCCGGAAACAAAGACUCUUAAAGGGAUAUUCUGGCAUAAAAUACUACCAACUUUAGUAACGACCGCACGAUAGCAGUACACAGCGAUCUGAGGAGCCAUAAACAAACCUCAACCAAAACGCCACUCUAUAGCCACAAAUAAUGAUCAGAACAGCACCUAACUUCAUCAACAGGACAUAUAGGGUCACAGACAUAGUACUAGCCACCAAACAUCUUUUUAAUUUUGACUCAUUUCUUUAGCAAAGAGACUAAACACAACUCACCUACUCUCUUCCAGCAGCUGCUUGUUUGUAGCAAGACCUCGACCAGUUCAUUAUCGACUGAGGCGGGGUGACGCAGCUCAAGGAAGAACAUUUAUAAUUAUUACUUCAUGGAAAUGCAAUCAGACUGAGACUCCAAGACAGAAGAACUACCGCGUCUGCAGUGCAAAAUGAUUAAUAUGAUGAUUAUUACUUCAAGGAAAUGAAAAAGAAGUUUUCAUAAAUGUUCUUCCUUGAGCUGUGUCACCCCGCUGUUGUCUGUAAUGGACUGGCCUGAGGUCUCGCUACAAACAAGCGGCUGCUGAAAGAGAGUGGCGUUUUGGUUGAGGUUUGUGUUUGGCUCCUCAGACCGCUGUGUAUUGCUAUUAUGUAAAACUAGAGAAGCAAGCGGUCGGCAACAUUCCUCUCUCGAGGGAGUGUGUUUGACCCUUUUUAAUUUUACACCAGAAUAUCCCUUUAAAGGUUCAUGGACUUCACCGGUUUUCAAAUCUCAAUGUUCCUAUACAGGGUCGGUAGUUUUUGGAGAGGCAAUCACAGCCAGCCUGGCCACUGACGGUUCCCACUACUGGAGCAAAAACUGGGCGAAAGCUGCUGCUUAUGUGACCUCUCCACCUUUGAGUCCUGACCCCACAACCCCGGACCACCUCCACACACUGCUGGCCUGGUAAGUCUUAUAUGCAUAUUUAAUGCAAACUAAUUAAACGCACUGUGGUUUGUUGUAUAAUCUAGGCCUUGACUCAUUUACAGUAUGCUGAGAAGCCUUUUCGUAGAUGAAGCCUCCAAGCAUAAUCCUUGAACACCAAUAUGUAAAUUUCAAGUUAAAGCGGCUUGAAGACAGACAUCGUGCUAAAUUUAGAUCUAACCUCUGCAGAAAGUGAAAUGCAAAACAGGCACAUGACACCAAAGGAGAAACCUUCAAUGAUUUAACACCGGCUUUUAUUCCUGAGACAUUAGUUUGGGAUUCAUGCCAUAAACAGCUGCCUGUGUAAAGCAAGAUGUCAGAGCAGCUUCAGAGGAAAACAAGAACCAGAUGGAGAGAAAAUGAGGGUGUGUGUUUGAACAGAGAAGGGGCAGAAAGAAGGAGGUGCAAGAGUUUGAAUAAUGGAUAUCAUUUCCAAGCUACUAACUCAUGACUAUAUAAGAGAGGGAUUAAGUGUCCUUGACCAAACCCACCUGAGUUCUCACUUCAAACCUACACAAAUGCACAAAAAAUCCUGCUGUACAAUUUUGACUGGCCCGGAUUCCAUAAAUAGCUCAGGAACUAGAAUACUUCAUCAUCUGUUGCCUUGGCUACCAACUGCCUUCCUCUUCCUCCUCAUCCUCCUCUUCCCUCCCACCUCCACCCUUUGUUUGCAACUCCAGCUUCUCAGGGUGGGUCUGUGCUGUCACACUGGUGGUGUGAUACUGCGGUUGUGUUCGGAGCUUCUGCGACGUGGUGUAUUUUUAGGUUCCUCUCAGAGGCAGGAAGAAAAGUAAACAUUUUCCUCUCACAUUUCAGAGCAGCCUGUUACUCCUUAAUAACCACUCUGUUGACAUUUAGGACAUGAUCACACAGAUCACCGUCACAAAGUAAAGUCUGUAAUUAACUGAAAGAUAGAAAGGCUCAGCUUUGUAUCAGCCUCUUUAUUCAGCCGUAAAGUGAGUAAAGACUGUUUAGAUAAUGCAGAGCAACUUUGUGACAUGAUGUAGUUAGCGCCUUAGGAGCUGGUAUUGCAGAUGCAUUGCACCAAUCUGACUGUUACAUUUGGCUGUUUUUUUGCCCUGGGCCGCUCCACAUGACUUGUACUUUUACUAACAUACUCAGAGAGGACAUCUGGUGGCUAAUGGUAGAAACGUCAGCUUGUUUAUAGCAUGUUUGCUUGGCUGUGACUGUUGAGCUUGAACUGAUUUGGUGAUCUUCUUUAAGUGAUGAUCUGUCAUGUAAGUUUAGAGAUGGGCUCACUCAGCCGCAUACUGCUCAAUAUUGGACAAAAUAUACAUCUUUAUUUUUAUCUAUCCAAGUUUAUAUUGUUUAACCUUCCUCCUGUUUUAGCUUUUACUACGCACCCACCAUGUUAAGGGUCGGUUUUGACCCGUGUCUUAAAUCUGCUGUAAAUUACACUAAAAACAAUUCUCUAUCAUCAGAUUUGGUUCUCAUCUCUGGGUUACCUUGUUCGGCUUCAUUAUCCUUGAAAAUAUUGCCUAUGAUGUUUUUUGUUGUGGUCAUCAGGGCCUUUCUUUGUCAGUAUACCCCUCAUACAGACAUCCAUACUGAACUGAUCUCACAUGUCUGGACAUGCCUGAUGUUUUUUGUGCAGGGAAAAACAUGGAAAAAUUAGAAUUUCCUAAAUCUCACAUGAUUGGAAGAGGAUCUGACUGUCAGUGUGGUGCCUCAAAGUGCACUUUUGAUUUCAGUUUUUGCUCUAAUUAUUAGAUAUUGAUCCAACCGGGUCACCAGCAAUCCUAACACGACAAGUGCCAUAAUUUUAAUAACAGCAUUGUAUAAUUCAGCCAAUUAAUUUUUUUUUUUAAUUUUGUUGAAAUAGAGGUUCCUGACAAAGUCAAAAAGUCUUGAUGCAAAAAAACUUAUUAAAGUGGUUCUUUUAAGCAUUUAAAAUCAAAACCGGGUCGAUGCAGACCCUAACACAGGAGGAGGGUUAGUUAAUUUGUGUUAGGUUUUCUCAUCUGUGGGAUGUAGUAUUUAAUUUCUAUCCUCACUGUAAUGCACCAAAAAACACUAUCUCCUUGUAUGUAUGAACCUAUUUGUCAAUAAACCCGCUUUCAGGUUAAAAUGACCUCUUAACUUUAUGUCAUGUUCAUCCAGUGGGGACCUCCAGGUGGUGGGCAGCGCUCACUGCAUCUACAGCACUUCCCAGAAAGCGAUAGGAAAAGAUGACUUCACCCUGAUCCCUGAGGGGACCAACGGAGUGGAGGAGAGAAUGGGUUUUGUCUGGGACAAGACUGUGGUAAGAAAUUAGGACUUUCUGUCUCUGUCUGUGUCUUUUGUGUUGCUGUUAGUAUUUCUUUCGUCCACUAUUCUAAAGUUCCUCUUUUUUGUCUCUAAGGCUAUGGGAAAGAUGGAUGAAAACCAGUUUGUGGCAGUCACAUCUACCAAUGCUGCCAAAAUCUUCAAUCUGUACCCGCGCAAAGGCCGGAUAGCAGUGGGCUCUGAUGCAGACAUCGUCAUCUGGGACCCUGACAGCGUGAAAACCAUCACUGCAAAGCUGCAGCAAUCGGUAAGAGCAACAGAAAUGUAGAAAGGGACAGAAAUAAUGAUUCAUUAUGAUAUAAGAACAAACUGGUAUCCUGAUUCCCAAAUACUCUUUUUGAAUAAAUGCACAUAACAGGGCUCUGAUUAAAGGCAGCAUGAAAGAGGGUUUGUAUGGGAGAUGGUCGGGUGUGAAAUAGGAUUAAAACCAAGAGAAAGAUCAGAGGAGGUGCAGAAAUGGACUUUGAAGUUGGAAUAUAAAAUUUGGUCGAGCCUGGCAUCGCUUUGAUUCCUUAAUAUUGACGUGGUGGUAGUGAUAGAAGGGCAAAUUAAAGGCAGUUCAUAAUAUAUCAGACCAUUGGUUUUUAAAGUUAUACAGAGUUGAAAUUCUGAUGGAUAUGAAAGUGUAGGAUUUGUCUCAAGAGUUGGUUCACCUUAUUCAGUAUAUUUCAGCUUUUUUUUCUCAGUUUUGAAAUGUUCUUCAUCUGUCAACCUUAAAGAACUGAGAGGAGAAAAUGUCUGCAGCUCAGACAUGUAUUUGUUUCAGUGACAGAAAGUAGCUUCAGUGAAAUCUCUUGACAUUGAGGACUGUGAUUUUAUUGGGACACUAGCUUAAUCCUUUUCUUGCCAUGAGCAAAACAUCCCCUAAUACUGUUAUUGCAUCAGAAAUCUCACUGACUGAUAUUUCAUUCCCAGGCAAAAAAAAGACAAAAACACAAAGCUGCUUGUACGGUUAGAUGCCCUAAGACACAAGUGAGAAAAUAUGUUGGAUCUUGUUUGACAGAUUAGAUUAUCCACCUGUAGAUUUCAAGACAAGAUGGUGUAUUUCGACUCAGCAGAAAGGAUUGAGAAGUGAAAAUGUGCUCGAAGCAGUGUGACAUCAUACAUGGAGGAUAUGAGACAGUGUUUAAUGUAUUCAGUCUGCUCUUUCACUCUCAUGUUCCCUAAUCCAGACUGCUGCCGGCUUUAGGUUAUAAUCCCCUUUCACCCCUUAUCCAUUCUUUGCUGCCAUCUUCAUACCCAUCCCCCUAUAUUCACACUGUCGCUCCUCCUAUAUGCCCCAAGCCCCUCAUUUAUUCAUCCCCCUCUUCUCAACUGCUGCAUUUCGCUGCAUGUAUUAAGCAUUGAUACAGUGCUUGCUGAAACAGCAGAGUGGAGGGUACCAGUUAUAAAUAGUGGGAUGGGGGGGUUGACGAGCUUUCCUUUGUUCAUCUGCUUAAUUUGCUUCUUUGUCUUGUAUGUCCUCUGCACACAGGCUGGAGAAUACAACAUUUUUGAAGGCCUGGAGUGUCGUGGGGGUCCAGCGCUGGUGUUGAGUCAAGGUCAGGUUGUUUAUGAGGAAGGAAAGCUGCAGGUUCAGCAGGGUACGGGACGAUUUAUUCCCCGCAAGCACUUCCCAGACCUUCCUUACCAGCGUGUUAAAUUCAGGAACCAGGUACACCGCACCCCUGAACAAGAGACACAUUUUUAUCUGUUUUUCUGACACUUGAAUUUAAUUUAAUGUAAAAUUAAUUUAAUAUUUUCUAGUAAAAUGUGAGCAUCCACAUUCAUUUUUUCUAUUUCCUUCAUAAUAUCUCAAAACAAACAACAAAUAGGAGUAAACAAACAAUGCACUGUCAAUGUAAAGCAUUAUAAUCUUACCAAGCUAAAUACCUUUGCUAUAUUAUCUUAAAAAAAUACAUGUAUAUCUGAACAGUUCUGUUCUCCCACAAUCUCCUCAGUGGCUGAUUUCUUCAAAAAAACAAAUGGUCAUCAUGGUGACUUGUGGGUAACCGGCCAUCUGCUGAUUAUUGUGACUGAUCUCUUUUUUUCUGUGUGUUUUUAUCCAGACGAAGAACAAACAGGGCGUGACCCGUGGGAUGUAUGAUGGUCCUGUGUAUGAUGUUGUUCCAACCCCAAAAUAUAUCACUCCGUCUCCAUCGGCCAAAACUUCUCCUACCUCUCACCAACCACCACCACCAGUACGCAACCUCCAUCAGUCCAACUUCAGCCUAUCAGGUAAAUUAACCUACAUAAAUCCUUAAAACCUUGAUCCUAGGUGCUUUAAUUUAAUGCUUCAACACCCAGACAUAUUAACAGACAUAUGUACCUUUAAAGGGUUUAUUUAACUCUAUAGAUUUCUUAUAUUAAUGUAACUGAAACUAAUGUUCAGUUUUCCAUCAUUUCCCAGGGGCGCAGAUUGAUGACAACAUCCCUCGUCGGUCUGGUCACCGUAUUGUAGCACCCCCUGGUGGCCGCUCCAACAUUACCAGCCUUGGUUAAAAACGCUUGCACAAAGUGUAUGUGUGUGUGUUUGUAGUGGGGUUUCACCUCUUGAGUGUGUGUGAGUGUAUGAGUAUGACUGAGAGUGUGAGCACACUGAUAUGAAUGAAAAAGACAUUGUAUUUGUAUUGGUACAAUGGUGACAUGCUCUAUUUAGACCAUUAUGGUUUUCAUCAGUUUGCCUUGAGUCAGAAGCACAUUAACUCUUCCAAACAUUGAAGCGUGUGAAAUACAAUCAUCUGAGUCACUCAGAAGUAGAACAACUCACAAACUCAUGAUCGGGGCACUCACACACACACAGUUUUGGUGUUGGACCCCCCUCCAAGCACCCAGAAGUGACCCCAGUGUUAUUUCCUUUCCUGUGAGCAUGACUUCCUUCUUACUUCUCCUCCUCUCUUCCCAUGUCUUAUUAUGUGGGUCUGCUCAGACUUGGUGCUCCUUUUUCCAGCUGAGGAACAAAUAUUUUUAACAUCUUGGCAAUAGUUGUUUUAAUGUGGCUCGAGUUAAAGGAGCAAUAUGUGAGACAUCUACUGAAUUAAAUCAUAAAAUCACCAUGAUAUCAUCCCACAUUAAAGGAAGAUGAUGUGUGGAAAUACUGGCUCCUCUUGUAACAAUGCAGCAGCCAGUAUAUCCUCCUCCAAAGCUCUGGUUCCAGUCCACAAUGGUAUGUUGUUUUGACCUUAGAGGGGAGGCGGUUUUAAGGCACCCCUACAGAGCUGGUUUGGAUGUCCUUCUGGUUGCCAGAUACAGUAAAAGACCAAUUUAAACAAGUAUACAAGCCUCAGCAUUUUCUUAAAUCACUCCACAGCCAGUAACUUUGCAAAACUUGGAUUCAUGUUUGAGAUGCUUUUAAAAAUAUAGAGAGAGGUUAUAGCGCAGAAAUAUUUCAAGACUAGUGCAGAGCUGGCCAACUUUCUUUUUAUCAGAUAUGCAGAAAGCUGAGAGGAAGACAAAAAUCUGACAGGCGUCGUGUCAAGCAGCCAGUGGCACCACUUGCCAGACUGGCUCUGGAGGUGACCAACAACAAAAUUACACAACAGUCUUUCACUAAGAGUCAUACAUCAUUUUGAUUUCCAACAUAAUUAACAUGUUAUACUUUAAGCACUAUGUUGAGAGGAUCUAGAAAGUAUCAUGGCUGGUCGUCACAACAACUUUGUCCAGAAGUGGAAAAGGUUAAUCAUGCUCAAGUUGUCUGCGAUCCAUCUUACCAUGAAAGAGCAGGUUCUGGUUCCUCCUUCGUUCUCUGGUAAACCACCUCAGCAAAGAUCUUACAUUGAGAUUCAGGCUCUUCUUGGCAACUGAGUCAAAUGAUCCUUCAGCCUCCAAAUGGCUUUUAAUAGAACUUUUCACAUACAAGCGCUCAGAGCUGAAUCAUUCAGGAUCAAUACAUCACCUGUUUUUCUGAGGUCAGUGUAUGUCUGCUGCCACAGUGCGAUUUCCCUUCAGAGGUCAGGUACAUAAAAAGUUAUAUUAAAACUUCCACAUUAAAAGCUCAUUUAAAACUGAGUUAAAGAUAAAGAGAUGAAUGGACAUGUGAGCAGUUCUGCAUGGUGUAGGAGCUGGUUCAUGAGUACACUGUACAGUUUGUACACUACAGUUGUAGUUUUAACCUUGUUUCGCAUCCCUGAAGCUUUCAUUGCUUCCAGUAUAGCAGACCUUGUGAGUGUCGGCACUUGAGGAGAGGGGUCAGGAAGAACCAGCUCGCUCCAACGUUUUGUAUUUAGACUGCAGUACCCGUUUGUAAUGCCAGGUGUCAGACUUACAUAUUGCUCCUUUAAAAAUUCUGCAUGGACACAUCUUUUGAUGUUGCACUACUUGUGGUUUAUUGUUGCAGUGGAGAAACACUUAAAAUCGUAGUAGAAGCACAUUUGUAUUCAGCUGCACAAACAUACUGUAUAAACUGGUAAAUAUAUGCUUGGAGCACAUUACGACACUCACUGUGGAUCGAGCCAGCCGUUACGUUGUUCAAAACAAGUUAACUGUGAACUCCGAUAAAAGCAAUGCAACUUCCUCUCCACCACCUGAUACUUUAUGCAAUUUCGUCCGUACUCUCCUAUCAAGUGUGAAAAGUAGAUGAGCAGCUGAAACAAAUAGCCUACAAGCACAGCUGUGGACUGCAGAUUCCAUUUCUAGGUUGUUGUAACUACAUGAUAGUUUCGCGGUAAGACUGUAAAAUGUGUUCGAUAGUUUUUUUUUUUGCCAAUCACCCAUAAAAAAAGUAGAUAUUUGUUGUGAUGAUGUGUGCAACUCACUGCUGUAAAAGGGCUUCAUCUCCCAUUCUUGCUUUUUGAACCUUUUUAUUUUCGUUUUAUUGACUCUGGAUGUUUACUCGGUACAUUUAUCGUUUCUAUGCUGCGCUGUUAUGUUGCUGUUGUCUAGUGUCUCCAGUGAAACCACUAACUAUCAAUAAAGACGCGACUGUUGUGAAAAAUGAUGGUUAAA